AACCCACAUUUGCUUUUAAGUUUUUACACACACACUCUCUCUCCUUUGAGGUUUUCACACUUUCUCUCUCUACAGAUAUGAAUCGUUAUGCAAGGGCCCCUUUUUUUGAGUGUCCACUACACCGCACGCCCAAUACUCGGCCACCACUUUCCUUCGAAGCGCAGAUCCUUCUUCUUUCCUUUGGAUCCCACAAAAAGAUACCUGAAAUUGCUUCUGGUGCAUAGAGGCUGUGGUCUUCACUCAGUGCUCAACUCCUUCCACAGAGAGAGAGAGAGAGAGAGAGAGAGAGAGAGAGAGUUGCAGAUAGUGUGUGCAUGUGCUGAAAUUCUUCCACAAGAGAGAAAACAGAGUAACUUAUUCUUCAGAGAGAGAGAGAUAGAGACAGACAGACAGAGGGGGAGGGAGAGAGAGAGAGAGAUGAAGUGGGAGAUGGAAUUCCACUCUUCUGCCCCCUAUUUUCCAAGCUCAAUCUGGACCCUUGAAGAGAACAAAUUGUUCGAGAAGGCCUUGGCCUUAUAUGACAAAGAGACCCCAGAUCGAUGGCACAUGAUAGCUAAAAUCAUACCCGGAAAAACAAUCAGUGAUCUUAUGGGACAUUAUAAGCAAUUGGUAGAUGAUAUCAGUCGAAUCGAAGCUGGUUGGAUCGAGCUUCCAAGUUAUAAUUCCUCUGGGUUUCGAUUGGAUUGGUUUUCAGGUGAUUCUCAGUCAGUGGAUGGCCUCAAGAACGGCUCUAGGAGGGCCUCGGCGAAGCCACCUGAUCAUGAAAGGAAGAAAGGGGUCCCUUGGUCUGAAGAUGAGCACAGGCUCUUCCUCUUGGGUCUCAAGAAACAUGGCAAAGGUGACUGGAGAAACAUAUCGAGAAACUUUGUUCAAUCAAGAACAGCUACUCAGGUAGCAAGUCAUGCCCAAAAAUACUUCAUAAGACUCAGCUCAGGAAGCAAAGACAAGAGAAGAUCGAGCAUACACGAUAUAACAACUGCCAAUUUAUCGGAGAAGAGAUCCCCUUCUCCUCCUUCCCCUAAUAUUCAAUCUCAGGCCUUUAAUACUCAGCUCAGUACUUCUAGUGAUCCAAUUAAAACCCAAAAUUUCAAUAGUUUUUUCAGUCCAAACCAGACCAGUGAAGAAGUUGGUUCCUUCAUCUCAUCAGUCCCUCAAGCUAAGGCUACUAUGUACAUUUCACCGCCUCGGACAAUUAGUCCUUAUGAGGAAAAGCUCCACGAAUCUGAUAUGGGGACACAGCAUUUGAUGUAUCGGCUUCAGGCCUACAACCUUCACAACUAUUGCUGAUACUCUCUCACUCUCUCUCAUUUCUAUGUUGUUCAUCAAUGAAUUCAUCUCUCUAUCUCUGAUUCCCACCCUGCCACCCUCCUCCCUCCCCCCCAAAAAAAAAAAAAAAACUCAUAGCUAUGCUAUUCAUGGUGUCAAUGAAUUCACCUCUCUCCAUAUCUGUUUUUUCGUUAGCCCCUCUCUCUCUCUCUCUCUGGGAUUUUAUCAAAUUUGUCCAAUUCUAGGGUAUGGGUUGAGUUGGGUUUUAUCAAAAGGUGCUUCUGGUUUGGUGUUUGUGUUUCGAGUUUGUUACCAAGCUUCAAGUUGCUACCGCAUGAACUGGUAGUCGCUGAAGUUGCAGAAGUCCAGUGCUUGUGUAUUUGAAAGGGGAAGCUUCCAAGUUUAUAUAGUGUACAAAAGAAGAUAGAAGCAUGAAUUUUAUGGUAAUUUCCAUCCUCAGAUACUCUUCUGAGGUAUGUGUUGUAAAUUGAGAUAUAUAUGUUUUAUUUAUCCUUCUUUUUUUGCA